AUGUGGUUCAGAUUUCAAGUUUUCUUUCAGGUCAAAUCGACACGUCUAAAUGAUCUAAGAAAACUCAUGCAAGAAAAUCACAUUAAUGCCUAUAUAGUAUGCAAUGUGAAUGAAAAUCUGGGUAAAUUAACAUCCCAUGACAGAAGACUAGAGGCAUUGUCUGGAUUUUCAGGGUUAAUAGGUACUGCAGUGGUGACUCUUGAUAGCGCGGCGUUAUGGACAGACGGCAGAACGUUCCAGACAGCCAUUGAUGACGUUACCUGUGGUUGGUCAGUCUUCAGAAAAGGCGGUAAAGAAACGACGUCUCUAGUUGACUGGAUCUAUGAACAUGUAGAAAACCCUAUCUCUGUUGGAGCUUCUCCGUACCUUUUUAGCGCUGUUUGGUGGAACAAUUUUCAGAAGAUUUUUGAAGUGAAAAACACAACCUUUGUUCCUAUGUAUACGGACCUUAUUGAUUUGGUAUGGACGGAGGACAGACCCCCAUUACCAACUUCACCAAUUCACAUCCUUCCACCACAGAUUUCAGGCGAAACAUGGCAAAGCAAAAUAGAACGAACAUUACAUAUCAUGAAGGAAAAGAAUGCUGACAUCUUAGUUUUGACUAAUUUGGGUGAAAUAGCAUGGCUUUUUAACUUAAGAGCAAGGGAUUUUGCAUAUGAUCCAUAUUUCAUAUCGUUUUGUAUAAUCAGUGCCAGAACUGGGAUUAUAAGCCUUUACAUGGUGGAAGCCGAGAAGAAGCUAACUGAAAAUCUUGAAACUGUAGAUAUAAAACUCUUCGAGUUCCUCAAUUCAUCUAAGUCUGGUGAAUGUCUGAAACGAAACUGUUAUCAGGACAUCAAUAUAUACAGAGACGACAGCAUGGAAACCUGUGAUAAAAAAGACGAAAACUUGAUUGAAAAAGGAUAUUGUAUAGAAGUCAAAGAAUACAGUCCACAAAACUUGAAAGAUGUUAUUGGAAAUUUGUCACGCGAUGAACAUGUUCGAAAAGUAUGGGUCUCGUGGGACUGCAGUCAAGCAUUUAUAACGGAAAUUCCAAAAGAAAAACUUUUAAUAGAAUACACACCCCCUUUAAUGUUUAAAGCAGUGAAAAAUAGCGCUGAAAUAGAAGCAAUGAAGACCUCCACGCUUCGAGAUUCUGUUUUUCUGAUAACUUACUUCGCUGGACUAGAUGAGAGGAUUAACAAAGGAGAAGUUUUGAAAAUAAACGAUAUUGAAGCUGAGUCAAAGAAAUUAAGAAAGAAUGAACUGUUCAACAAAGGUCCUAGUGGAAUAUCUCUUAUUGGUACAGGCUCAGCAACCUCUGCAUUGAGACCAAAAGUUACUGAUGACAUCAUUGGAAAAAAUGAUGUCUUCCUCUUUGAUAUCGGUGCACACUAUUUGGAUGGAACCACCGACAUAGCUCGCUCGUUUGUCUUUGGAACUCCUACAGAGAAACAAAAGGAUAUUUACACACGUUUACUGAUGACACAGAUCAACUUGGCGAAAAAGAAAUUCAGCAUAGGAAGUACAGGUCGAGAUUUAGAUACAGCAGAUGUACGAAAGCCCCUACGUGAUGUAGGCGUAGAUUUUCCACACGAAAUAGGGCAUAUGAUAGCAGUGUACGGAUCGAUUAUAGAAGGACCGGCCUCAAUUUCAAACAUCUCUGAAGACUGGAGUAGUAAUGUACCGAUGGACAGACAUAUAUUUGAUUGUAAAACUUGUAAGAAGUCACAAGAUCUGAUGUCACCCCCUGAUGGGCGAGACUACGUGCUGGAGGAAGGCAUGAUAUUUUCCAACGAACCAAGCUUUUAUAGUGAAGGAGAAUUCGGAAUGAGAUUAGAGAACACAAUGUUUAUCACCAAAGCAGAUGGUGGCAAACAUUGCUAUGCUUUUGAACAGUUGGUUCUAAUACCGUACGAGUUCAAUCUUAUAAAAACAGAAUUAUUAUCAACUGAACAGAUAUCUUGGUUGAAAGAUUACUAUAAAACGGUGGAUAAAUUGGUAACUCCACAUCUCGAAGCAAAGAACGAUUCAGUUGCCUUAAAGUGGUUCAAAGACAGAAUAAAUGCAGAUUUCCUCUCUAAUAUAUGAAAUACAUGUAUUUCUUCAAGAAGGUUUUAACAUCAAUUAAACUGGAAUUUGAACU